AUGGAUUACGAAGCCUUGAAGGACCAAUGGAGUGAUGUCGAGGAUCGUGAUGGAAUCAGGCUGAGCUGGAAUACGUUUCCAAGCUCACGCAUGGAAGCGUCCCGACUCGUCGUCCCUAUCGGUGCUAUUUACACGCCUCUCAAGGAGCGGCCAGAUGCUCCCCUUCUACAAUAUGAGCCGGUGACUUGCAAAGCGCCCUGUAGGGCCGUUUUGAACCCUUAUGCUAACGUCGACGUCCGCGCCCGAAUUUGGAUAUGCCCCUUCUGUCUGAUGCGGAACCCCCUUCCUCCACACUACAAGGACAUCACAGAGAGCACGAUACCCCCGGAACUUCACCCCAUGAGCACGACAAUCGAGUACCAACUUGCUCGCCCCGCCCCCGCCCCUCCUAUCUUCGUAUUCGUCGUCGAUACCUGUCAGGAGGAUGACAGCCUGAAGGCUGUGAAGGAUUCAUUGAUCAUGAGCUUGUCCCUACUCCCCCCGAAUGCUCUCGUCGGUCUGAUCACAUUCGGUACUAUGGCACAGGUUCACGAGCUUGGGUACGCCGAGUGUGCCAAGUCGUAUGUUUUCCGCGGUAGUAAGGAUUACAACGCAAAGCAGGUCCAGGAGAUGCUUGGCCUCAACACCGGAGUGGUGCGCCCCAAUAUGCCAAACGUCCCUCAGCAGCCCGCUCGCCCGCCGCUUGGCGCUGCUGCACGAUUCCUGCUACCUGUCCAGCAAGCCGAGUUCCAGAUCACGAAUAUGCUUGAGCAACUGCAGCGUGACCCUUGGCCUGUGGCGAACGAUAAACGUCCAUUGAGAUGCACGGGUGUUGCUCUCAGUGUCGCUAUUGGGUUGCUCGAAACCUCUUUCCAAAACGCCGGAGCCCAUAUCAUGAUGUUCACAAGCGGUGCGGCUACAGAAGGCCCUGGUCUUGUCGUUAGCCCUGAGUUAAAGGAGCCUAUUCGCUCGCACCACGAUAUCGACCGUGAUAAUAUCAAAUACUAUAAGAAGGCAUUGAAGUUCUAUGAUGCUCUUGCCAAGCGUGCGGCGAAUAACGGCCAUGUGGUUGAUGUUUUUGCUGGUUGCCUUGACCAAGUUGGUCUUUUGGAAAUGAAGAACCUCUCGAACUACACUGGAGGUCAUAUGCUUCUCACUGACAGCUUCACCUCAUCCCAGUUCAAGCAGUCCUUUGUUCGAGUUUUCGACAAGGAUGCAAACGACAACCUUCUAAUGGGCUUCAAUGCAUCCCUCGAAGUACUCACUACAAAGGAGCUUAAGGUCACUGGCCUCAUUGGUCAUGCUGUCUCCCUGAACAAGAAGUCUAGCUCGGUGGGCGAGACGGAAUGUGGUAUUGGUAACACAUGUGCCUGGAAAAUGUGUGGAAUCGAUCCCUCUUCGAGCUACGGAAUCUAUUUCGAAAUUGCGAACCAGGGCGGCCCUGCCGCUGUGCAACAAGGGCCGCAACGGGGCAUGAUGCAAUUUUUAACCUACUAUCAGAGUUCUUCCGGGCACUUCCAUCUGCGUGUCACCACGGUUGCACGGAACCUGAGUGGUCCCGCUGGUGAUCCUACGCUUGCGCAAUCCUUUGAUCAGGAAGCCGCCGCUGUCCUUAUGGCACGCAUUGGUGUUUUCAAGGCCGAAGUUGACGAUGGCCCUGAUGUCCUCAGAUGGGUUGAUAGAAUGCUCAUUCGGCUCUGCUCGCGCUUUGCGGAUUACCGCAAGGAUGACCCAACGUCAUUCCGACUUGAAAAGAACUUCACACUCUACCCUCAAUUCAUGUUCCAUCUCCGCAGAAGUCAGUUCUUGCAGGUCUUUAAUAACUCGCCCGAUGAGACCGCAUUUUAUCGCCAUGUUCUCGACCACGAGGAUGUUGGCGACUCUCUUGUUAUGAUUCAGCCUACACUGGACUCAUAUUCAUUGGAGCACGAAGGCAGUCAACCAGUCUUACUGGAUUCGGCUUCCAUUCAGCCUUCACACAUCCUUCUUUUGGACACCUUCUUCCAUAUUCUUAUCUUCCACGGAGAAACUAUUGCCGAAUGGAGAAAGGCAGGCUACCAGGAGCAAGAAGGUUACGAGAAUUUGAAGGUCCUUCUUGACCAACCAAAGGAAGACGCAAGGGAACUUAUUUCUGAACGUUUUCCGCUGCCCCGGUUUAUCGUUUGUGAUGCCGGUGGUUCCCAAGCACGUUUCCUCUUGUCCAAGCUCAACCCGUCCACGACGCAUACGACAGGAGGCUAUGGUGGAGGUGUCUCAUCACAGACUAUUUUCACCGACGACGUGUCUCUGCAAACAUUCAUGGACCACCUUAUGAAGCUUGCGGUCUCUGGAACGAGUUAA